AUGCCAGGAGUGCUUCGGCGCUAUGUGAUUCCAGGAAUCCUCUUCGUUGGAGGAGGAACCCUCGCGUACAGUUAUCGGCCGCGGACCUUCCCGAGGUCCGAAUAUGCAGCAGUUCCGCCACCAACACACGGGCCGGAUGGAUCUCUCCGGAUACCUCGCUUCCCGAAGGAGAGAAGCCGCCUGGAGCAAUUGGCUGAGCUACGGAGGCGUGGUCAGGCGCCCGCUGAUAGCGAGGACAGCUAUGACAUGCUGGUUAUUGGAGGUGGUGCAACUGGGGCAGGCGUGGCGCUGGACGCGGCGACACGAGGGCUACGAGUGGCCCUGGUGGAACGUGACGACUUCAGCAGCGGCACAAGCAGUAAGAGCACCAAGCUGGUGCACGGCGGCGUGCGGUACCUGGAGAAGGCUUUCUGGGAACUCGACUACAACCAGUACCAACUUGUUCGCGAGGCGCUUCGGGAACGCAAAUACUUCCUCCACACAGCACCCCACCUGAGUAGCUGGCUGCCCAUCAUGGUGCCGCUCGACAGGAUGUGGAAGGCACCCUACUACUGGCUUGGAGUGAAGAUGUAUGAUCUGCUCGCUGGGAGCGAGGGGAUCGAGAGCUCCUACUUCCUCACGCGCAGCAAGGCCCUCGACGCCUUCCCCAUGCUCAAGCGGGACAACCUCCUCGGCGCGCUGGUAUACUAUGAUGGAGCGCACAACGACUCACGCAUGAACGUGUCGCUGGCCAUGACGGCGGCACUGUUUGACGCGACCGUGGCCAACCACGCCGAGGUGACAACCCUGCUUAAGGAUGACAGUGGCCUCGUGUGCGGCGCCACGGUGAAGGAUGUGAUUGCCGAGCGAGACGGACACACCGUUGAUGAAAUGACGGUUCGAGCCAAGUGCGUCGUCAACUGCACCGGGCCCUUCUCCGACUCGAUUCGCAACAUGGACAGCCCAAAGGCCGGGGAAAUUGUGGCCCCUUCGACGGGCGUACACGUCGUACUUCCCGGCUACUACAGCCCAGCUGACAUGGGACUCAUCGACCCAAACACGUCAGACGGCCGCGUUGUCUUCUUCCUCCCUUGGCAGGGCAACACGAUUGCCGGGACUACCGAUGCUCCCUCCCCCGUCCAGAAACACCCCUUGCCCGAUGAGGCAUCCAUCAACUGGAUCCUCAAGGAGGUACAGCACUACCUGUCCCCAGAAGUGGAAGUGCGACGAGGUGAUGUGCUGGCGGCGUGGGCCGGCCUCCGUCCGCUAGUCCGCGACCCCAAGGCCAGCAACACCCAGUCCCUCGUGCGUAACCAUCUGAUAGACUUGUCACCAACUGGCCUCCUGACCUGCGCAGGCGGCAAAUGGACCACGUACCGACAGAUGGCGGAAGAGUGUGUGGACGCCGCCGUGUCCGAGUUCGGUCUAAAGACGCGCCCCGUCCCCAGCGCACCCCGUGUGAGCGGAACCGAGCACGUCCACGACGGUGCUAUCUUGGAUGGCUCGUGCCAAACGCGCAAGGUUCGCCUUAUCGGUGCCCACGGCUUUAGCCGCACUCUCUUCAUCUCCCUGGUCCAGCACUACGGCAUCGACGACGACGUGGCCAACCACCUGGUCGAGUCGUACGGCGACCGUGCUUGGACCGUGGCCAGCCUGUGUGACUUGACAGGCAUCCGGUUCCCCAUUCGCGGCUUCCGCAUCGCCCACCACUACCCCUUUGUAGACGGAGAAGUGCGUUACGCUGUGCGGCACGAGUACGCCCAGACGGCUGUCGACGUGCUCGCCCGUAGGACCAGGCUAUCCUUCCUCAACGCCCAAGCUGCCCUAGAAGCUCUACCGACUGUCUUGGACAUUAUGACGGAGGAACUCCAUUGGGAUCAGAGACGUGCUCAGCUUGAGUGGGAAGACACCGUCGCAUUUCUUGAAUCAAUGGGUCUGCCGCAGGCUAUGCUCUCUGCCACGAGGAGUCAAGUUGAGACGCGGAAGAUGGGGUUGGCCGAGGCAGCGGCACAACCAUAG